AUAUAGGCUUCACUGACCGGAUGACAUUCACACAGUGUUUAGCAGGACAAGACUCCACGUGUGAAGGACUGAGAGACGGAGAGAAAGAGUGAGGAGAGAGCGCCUUGGGGAGACUUGUACCACACCAGAGCUCUGUGGAGGUUGGGACAGCCCUGAGGGGACACCUGAGACCUAAGGAGACACCUCCUGAAGUAGGGAGUGAGCAGCACCCCAUGGGAAACGGAGUCAGAGGAACACCCGACAACAACCUGCUGUCGCUCCUCCUCUCCUCGCAACCGGCUCUCAUCCCCUUCUCCUCCUCCUCCUCCUCUUCCUCCUCCUCCUCCUCCUCCAUCCUCACUCCCUCUCUCAUUUGAUCCCAUCCCUCACUCCGUGCGCAGGAGAGGGAGAGCGUGCGCUAAGAGAAGCAGAGUCUGGAAGAUAUCCAAGACCGGGUGACGAAGGAAGUGAAAGAGUGAACGAGACAGAGAGCAGGAAGCAGCGAUGGCCCUGUCCCUGUCCUGGUACCUCAGUGCCGCUUUGGCGUUGUUUUGUGGCUCUUCGUGGCCCCAGGCGCACUCGGCCCUGGCGCCGGAGAAUGAGGUGCCGCUUCGUCCGACUACAUGGUUACCAGAAGGAAAGAUCACCUCUGUAACUCUCCCCAAAGGACGAACUCGCAGGCUAUACUUUACACUGAAGAAGAAGGCUUCGGCGAUGUCGGUGACUGUCAGCCCCUGUGACGUCCCCAUCGAAUGGAGCUUGGCCGCCCGCACGCUGAAGGACAAACCCCUGAAGACCCUGCAGUGGAGCACCAAAAAGAGUACGCCCGAGGUGUGGUGGCAAGGCCCCGGGACUGAGGAGAAAAGGCACAGCUUCACAGGCAACACCGUGGACACCUACAGGGGUCCCUCUCACCCCCAUGCUUCCAUCUACAUUGUGAGGCUUCGCUCCAAACAGCAGAACACUCGAGCUACCGUGUAUCUCCGUGAAGGCUUGGGGACCUCAGGUGCAUUCCCUUUGCUCCCAGUAGACCCUCGAGUCCACACGCUAGGUGUCGGCAUGACCAGUGUCACCCUCAGCUGGGUGCCCAGUGCCUCCAUAACCAGCCUCCCGAACACACAGAAAAGUUAUGAUUACUGCGUCCUCGUCAACUCUCAGCAAAACUACCCCAGCCUCUGUGCUGCGCGAGAGAGCUUGAGGAAAGAAAAAGAUCAGAAACAAGAAAAGAAGGAGGGGAGGAGGAGAGUGACGGCCUGGCCGAUUUUGAAAGAGUGGUGGUGGCGGCAGUGGGACUCUUACGCUGAACCCCAGAAUGCACCUUCUUCCCUCACCGAUGAGUAUGGUGAUCUCAAGUGUGUGUGUCAGGGCACAGAGAACGUUUGUACUGUCUCUGAGCUCCUGCCCGACACCCAGUAUUACUUUGACGUCUUUGUGAUAGACAAGCUGAAUGGGACCAGCAUGCCGUACAAGGGGACAUUUGCUCGAACGCACGAGGAGGCUCGGGCGGCGAUCACCACGCUAAGAGAAGGGGAGCUGAGGUGGGUGACCUUCAAUGACAGAGACUCCAACUCAGAGCAGUUCUUCAGUUUCCGUCCUCGGGGCUUGCAGCAAAGUGGUCUCCUCACCCUGCAGAGCUGCGGUGGAGGCGAAAAGGUCAAGGUCACGGUGUCCAGUAAAGGUCAUGUGCUGACCUCCCAGGCUGUGGGGGGAGAUUUAGCCCACAUUUGGCUGCAGGGAAGUCCUUCUUAUCUCAUCCACUUGGAGAGAGAAGGAAUUAGCAAAGGCCAUAUCUCUGCUGCUACACACCCAGCUCUACCUGGAGGUCUGAUGGCUUCAGUCAAAAUGCAGACCUCCUCAGCCUACCACCGCAGAGAGGUCCCAUCUUUGCCAUCCACUUUACAGAUAAAAUCCUUCAACCGGUUGCGCGGUUGCAACAGUGUCACCCUGGCCUGGAUGGGCACAGAGGAAAGAAGCCUAUACUGUGUGUACCGAAGGAAGCUUGGAAACAGCGAUGCAAAGGAUGGAGGAGUAUCAGCUAUGACUGCACCGUGUCUGGGGCCAGAGUCCCGCUCUGACACUGAGAGGGUUCUCUGCAAGUAUUUCCAGGAGCUGAAUCCUCGACGGGCCGUCACUACAGCAGUGAUCGGGGGCCUGGAGCCAGGAACGGCCUAUGUGUUUGAUGUCUAUCUAAUGAGACGCUGGGGGAUCCCUAUCAAGUACGCCAGCAAGACGGUGAAGACCAGAAAGGAAUGCUGAGCUGCCGCCCUCUACAGGAGGUUUUUAGACUGUCCCUGUCAAGGGGGGAAAUGCUUAGGCCAUGGACAUGCUGUAAAGACUGACCAUGUGAACGAAGCCAUUUGACUGUUGUGGAGAGACUGUUACCAUACCAAGGAAAUAUUCCCUAUGGAGGAGCAAUGGUUUUAUCGAAACUCCACUUGCGGUAUCCAUGCAGGUGGAUGGAAGGCUGUGAGAAGGAUGUGUACACCAGCAAAAGUUGAUAACAUUUACAGGACAACUCUCGUGCUUUUGUCAUUUUGUUUGUCAUUGUUGAUCAUGAUAAUGAUGUGCCAGUUGUCCAAGUGCUUAUUUUGUGUGUGUGAGUACAAAGGACAGAUGAGGUUUGUGAUGAUGACAGAAAGUCGAUACAAAAACAACAACAGAGACUGUGCCAAAUAUGCAGCAGAAACAGAUGGGGCAGUAAUUGGAUAACAUCUGAGAUGGGGGGGUUGCAGUGUAUAUCUCCACUGCCGCCUACUGCAUAUUGUACAGGCUUAUAAACACAGAUGGGUGCAAUCUACAGAUGCUUAGUUCAAAGUCAGUGUGUAUCUUUGUGUUCUGCUUUAGCAUGAAGCAGUGAAAAAAUACUUAGUGACUUGCCUCAUUGUCUUUGAUGUAUUCUUGUGCUGCUUCAAACACA